AAGGAAGGACUAAAACGCAGAAACUCCUGAGUCUUCAAAGCAAAGCAGCGCAACCUGUCCUUCCUGUCUGUCUGUCUAUCUAUCUGUCUGUCUCUCUCUGCACCCGAAAGCCCCAGUGAGGAUCCGGCGAUGCUCCUGAGCCUCUGCAGCGCGCCCUGACCUCAUCCGCUCUGCGCAUCUCAACUUUUCAAGCCCAAAUGCAACUUUCAGGACUUUUAUUCCCAGUAUGCAAGCUCUCGACUUUCUGACGCACCGUUCUGCACGCGUGUGACAUUCCUGACUCCGUGUUGUGAGGAGGAUAAAAAGCGCCCGGGCUGCUGGAGAGACGUUCAGUGAGAGAUGAGAUGAGAUGAGAUGAGAUGAGAUGAGAUGAGGGGGGCUUGAUUCCGAUCUCAACUCUGAUUGAUUACUUAUUAGUCACCCCCCACCCCCACCCUCACCCCCACCUCCCCCUACCCCCCACCUCCCUCCUUUUGGAUCCCAGAUCUGUUCAAAAGGCAACGCAGAAAUGAACGCACUGCUGCCGAGCGCGCUGGCGAGCUCCGACACGAACACAGCACUCAGUUUGGGAAGCCCGAGGAGCGCAGUGGCGCGUCACACAGACUCAUAAGAAGAGCGCCGGUUCGAUUCAACUCAGACUCGGAUCUUUAGCUUGACAGCUGCUGAGAGGGAAAUCUAGAACUUUCGUGCGCCCUUGCACAUUUUCUAAAUCUUUUUUUGAGGGAUAAAAGCAAACUAACAAAACAAACAUUAUGAAAGUGUGGACUUUCCCGUGGCUCCCUUGCCUCGUUAUUCUGAUCCUCUGCGUCGGGUCGGAGUGCGGCCCGGUGUGGAGGAAAGGCCGGUCCAAGCGCGAGCUCGUGAAGCUCCGGGAGGCUCGGGCGAGCGUGCCGGGCGCGUGCGCCACCCGACUUCCACGCGGCAAGCGCUCCGUGCCCGGGCUCGAACGGCGUCUGCCUCGCCAGCGCCGGCGCGCCUCGGCGGCCGACGAGACCGAGGACGCGUCCGUCUCCGCUGCGUCUUCCGCCGCGCACGGCCACGCUGUUUACUUCACCGGACGCGGAGACCAGCUGCGCCUCAGACCGGCCGAGGAAAUCCCGAGGGGAAACUUUACGCUGGGGAUGUGGCUGAAGCCCGAAGGAGGACAGCGCUCUCCUGCCGUGAUCGCAGGUCUCUUUGAUAAGUGUUUCUAUGCUUCGAGCGAUCGGGGUUGGCUGCUGGGUAUCAAGACGAUUAGUGAGCAAGGCAAUCGAGAUCCUCGCUUCUUCUUCUCUCUCAAGACAGAUCGUGCACAUAAGGUCACCUCCAUCCACUCCAACAGCCGUUACCUGCCUGGCCACUGGGCCCACGUGGCAAUCACGUACGAUGGCAUUUAUAUGAGACUGUUUGUGAAUGGUGCUCAGACUGCCGUUAGCAGAGAACAGUCUGGAGAUGUCUUCUGCUCUCUUACUAAGAAGUGUAAGGUGUUGAUGGUGGGCGGAAAUGCCUUGAACCAUAACUACCGAGGUUCUAUUGAGCGAUUGACUCUGUGGCGUCAAGCCCUCUCCCAGCACCAAAUCAUAAAGGACAUGCAUGGCCAUGAGUACUCUCACUAUCAAGCGGACCUCAUCAUCCGGGAGAACUUUGAGCAUCCUGAACGCAAGUGGUUGGUGGUGAAGGAUGGGAAUUUCCCUCAACCAGAUGAAGGCCCUCGAGCUGGGCUGGCCUCGCUGGACACAACCCUAGAGCCGCCGACUUGUGGGCAGACAGUGUGCGAUAAUGUGGAGGUUGUGUGCAACUACAACCACUUCUGGACCUUCCGGAGACCCAAGACGGUGCGCUACCGUGUGAUCAACGUAUACGAUGAUGAGUACCGUAGACCCACUGUGACUGAUCAGCAGAUCUAUCUGCAGCACCAGGAACUGAAUGAAGCCUUCAGCAUGUACAACAUCACUUGGGAGCUGACAAUUCAUAAUGUUAGCAACUCCACGCUGCGUUCCCGGUUGGUGCUAGCCAACUGCGAUAUCAGUAAAGUGGGUGAUGAGGACUGCGAUCCUGAGUGUAACCACACCCUGACCGGUUUCGAUGCUGGAUACUGCAAGCCCAGAGCCCGCUGUGCUGAGCAUAAGCCAGGCAAUGGUGUGUGUGAUCCAGAAUGCAACUGGGAUAACUUUGCCUACGAUAAAGAUGACUGCUGUAACCCCAAUAUUACAGACGUCACCAAGACAUGCUUCAAUCCUGCCUCACAUUUAAGGGCCUACCUAGAUGUGAAGGAGCUGAAAGAUAUCCUCAAAGUGGACGGCUCUACACACCUCAACAUCUUCUUUGCCAAUUCCACUAAUGAGGACCUGGCUGGAGUGGCAACCUGGCCGUGGGACAAGGAGGCCCUGACCCAUCUCGGAGGCAUCGUGUUAAACCCGUCUUUCUACGGCACGUUCGGCCACACUCACACCAUGAUCCAUGAAAUCGGACACAGCCUGGGCUUGUACCACGUCUUCAGGGGCAUUUCAGAGAUCGAGUCUUGCAGCGAUGCUUGUCUGGAGACGGAGCCUUCGCUGGAAACAGGGGACUUGUGCGCCGAUACGAACCCCACACCUAAGUACAAGCACUGUCGAGACCCUGAGCCUGGAAACGAGACUUGUGGCUGCAGCAACUUUAUCCAAACACCUUUCAAUAAUUAUAUGAGUUAUGCAGAUGACACCUGCACGGACUCGUUUACCGAAAACCAAGUGGCUCGCAUGCACUGCUACUUGGACCUGGUUUAUCAGACAUGGCAGCCCAAUUACAAGCCCCCUCCUGUCCCCAUGGCAUCCCGUGUGGUGGAACAACAUCAGGACUCGGUCACCGUGGAGUGGUUCCCUCCAAUCACGGGCCACUUUUAUGACAGAGAAGUGGGAUCAGUGUGUGAUAAAUGUGCCGAAGGCCGAGUGUUUCUCCAGUACGCCUCCGACUCCUGGUCUCCGCGUCCCUGCUUGCCUUCUGGACACUGGAGCCCACGGGAAGCUGAAGGUCCACCAGAUGUGGAGCAAGUGUGUGAGCCAAGUGUUCGUACCUGGAGCCCUCACAAUGGCUUGGAGGUGGGCCUGGUACCACCACCAUGCCCGCUGCAGGGCUGCAUGUUGCAGCUGGAAUUUGCCUACCCGGUCGUUCCUGAGUCACUCACUGUCUGGGUGACAUUCUGUUCUUCAGAGGAGACGGCUCUUCCUGCGAUCCACAACAUUAUAUUGCUUUGCGUAGGUGGGCAUAACCUCUCUCUGGGACCCAGCGAUGUGUUUUGUGACAUGCCUCUGACCAUCAAGCUGGACGUCAAGGAGAAGGUCUACGGUGUGCAGUUCUUCACCAUGGAGCAACACCUGGAGAUCGAUUCCACUUUGCUCACGUCCAAGCCUGACUGCCCACUGUGCCAGAAUUGUGAGGAGCUGCGUUACAGACUCCUGCGCACACCACCAUUUAGUCAUGCUCCGAAAGGCAUCAAGCUCAGCGAUUCCUCACGCAGAUACGUGGACAGGGAUGUGGUGCAUGGCGUGAUGUACACCUACGAGGUUCAGACAGUCUCCAGAUGGAGAGAGAGUGAACCGUCUCCUCCUUUAUUCCACCGUCUUGGAGCGUCAUACUGCGGAGAUGGGAUCAUCCAGAGGUCCCAAGGAGAGCAGUGCGAUGACAAGAACACCAUAAAUGGGGAUGGCUGCUCAGGUCAAUGUAGGAAAGAGCCAUUCUUCAACUGUGUAGAUGAACCCAGCAUAUGCUACUACUACGACGGCGAUGGAGUUUGUGAGGACUUUGAACGGGAGACAGGUGUAAGGGACUGUGGUCUGUACACCCCGAGUGGUUUCCUGGAUCAGUGGGCCACCAUGGUGGAGACGUCCCAUGAGGAAAGGCUCUACUGCCCAGCCGAGGUGGCAUCGGGAUACCCUGCGAUCACCAAGACCUGCCAGUCCAAGGUGUAUGACUUGUCUCAUGGCAUUUCCCAGUAUGCCUGGUUUCCUUGUCGCGAAGCCCAACAGGAUUCCUGGUAUCGCCCAUAUUGGCUGAAGGCCUAUUUCUCGCACCCGAUGGUAGCCACAGCAGUCAUCAUCCACUUGGCGGCAGAUGGGACAACCAUUUUUGACUCGGUCCAACAUCAGACGCAGUGCAACAUCUCUGUGCAGCUGGAGGACACCAAGGACAAGAGCCACAGCUUAGGUAACUGGCGCUUGAGCUGCCGCACGAAUCCACUGGUGAUCCCUGUGAGUCAUGACCUCAGCAUGGCUUUCUACCACACCAAGGCUAUCCUCCUGUUCUUCCGCUGCCCGUUGGUGGCCAUCUCUGGUGUGGGUCUGCGUUCCUUCCAGUUCUUUGACCCCAUCACCAUCAGCAGCUGCCAGAGUAAUGAGAUAUAUAACCCCAUGGGUCAAAGUUGCGUUCAUUACUCCUGUGAGGCCAUCGACUGCCAGGAGCCGAAGGUCCGCAAUGCAGAGCUACGAUGUAGCGGCGGCUUUUUCAAUGGCGCCCGAUGCACUGUCACAUGCAACAGUGGCUACGUGCUGCAGAUCCACCGGGACGAUGACCUCAUCAAGAGCCAGUCAGGAUCUACAGUGACCAUCACCUGUACAGAUGGCAAGUGGAAUAAGCAGGUGUCCUGUGAGCCUGUUGACUGUGGCCUCCCUGACAAGUACCAUGUUCACCCUGCCAACUUCUACUUUCCUGAGGGUACCACCUAUGGCAAGAAGUGCACCUUCCAGUGCAGGGAACCUGCUCAGCUUGUGGGAACUAAUAACACGCUGACUUGCAUGGAGGAUGGCCUGUGGUCCUUCCCAGAGGCCUUGUGUGAGCUGCGAUGUCCUGCUCCACCCAUCAUCCCCAAUGCUGUAUUGCAGACCAAACGUUGUAAUGAGACCGGCCUCAAAGUGGGCUCACUUUGCAAGUACAAGUGCAAGCCUGGAUACCAUGCCACCAAUAAGCCUAAGAGGCGGGCGUUUAAGAUGCAGUGCACGGAAGACGGCCGAUGGCUGGAGGGAUCAUGUGAGCCGGUGAUGUGUCCUUCACCUCCUCCGGUCUUCCACGGGAUGUACCACUGCACUGAUGGCUUCCUAUUUGACAGCAUGUGCUGGCUGCAGUGCCAGUCUGUCAACAGCACGGUGAAGACCUCUGUUCCCUGCAAGCAGCAGGGUCCAAACUCCAACAUGAUCCGCUGCAGGAAGGAUGGAAACUGGACUGGAUCUUUCCAGAUCUGUCCAAACAUAAAGGGUCAGUGUGCUUUACUGCAGAAUCUGCAUCCAGGCAUCCGGCUCAGCUGCAAGAAAGGACACGCCAUAGGAGCGGAGUGUGAGCUUUCAUGCAGGGACAUGAACAGUGAUGUGGUUAUCCUGCCUGACAAUGUGACAGCUAGCAGUGUUCUGGAGCACCACUGGAUGAACCCACCCAAAGUCACGCAUAUAACAUGCACCAUGGGCCUGAAAUGGUACCCCCAUCCUGAGAUCCUCCACUGCAUUAAAGGUUGUGAGCCAUUCCAGGGUGACAAUUAUUGCGAUGCCAUGAACAACAGAGCGUAUUGCAACUACGAUGGAGGAGACUGCUGCCAGUCCACUGUCAAGACGAAGAAGGUGAUCUACUUUCCAUCAUCGUGCGAUCCGCAGACUGAUUGCGCCUGCCGGGACCCCAAAGCACCAGAAAACAAGAAAGACGAGCAUGUAUACUCUCUGGGCUGAGAGAAAGAGUGCAGCCAAUGGAAAGCCCAGCUAUAGACUGGGUUCAAGCAAGAUAUUCUUCCAGAUAUGCUGCUUCACAAGUGUACCUCUCCUGUCCUGUCUCACUCCUCCAUGUUAACGUGUCUCCCUGCUAUCGUCUGUCACGUCUUGGAAGGUCUACCCAUCUCCAGCUCAUUGGGAAGGAAAACAAAAAACAAAAAAACGAAGGAUAGAAAAAACGAAGACAGGUGUGGGUAUGAGAAUAGACCCAUGUGUAGUAAAGAAGGAAUGUUUUUCUCUCAUCAAACUAGAAAAGAGAUGAUAGAUUCUGGUUAGCAUGCCUAUCUGUGCCAGCUUUCAGUGUUAUUUAUAGAAGUAUUUUGCUGAAGUUUGGUUUGAGGUUGGCGAUAAACUCAGAGUGAAAGGAAACAUUCCUGGAAAAAUUUGCAGUCUUGACACCACAAGGGCUGAUUUUUAUGUUUAAAAGCCUCUUUGUUUUGAUGCAAGGUUGCAAAGGGGAUGUCCAAGAGUAAUGGGUGUCCACUCUUGCUGGAAAUACGUCCUGCAUCAGCAAACCACAGAUGUAAAAAUAAAUAAAUAAAUAAAAAUAGAUUUUAAAAAAGCAUGGGGGUGGGGGGAAGGGUUGGGGGUUACCAAGGAUUGCAAGGCUUGAGGUGUGUUUCCAUGGGCCAUUUGAGAGUCUAGCCCUGAUUCAGAAGUACCAAAAUGUACAAAAUACAAAGGACCUAAAAUUUGCGGGUAGUUUUGGAAAUUUUGGUAGUUAGCAAAAAAAUAAAAAAAUAAUCAACUUCUAUCAAAUUCCAAACUGGUAAACACUAAACAGCCAGGGUCUAUGCAAAGUUGUAUGCUAACGCUACUAUUCCACCCUACUAAUACUUAGCAGGUCUUAGCAUCAAAGAUGGCAGUUUUUUUGACAUCAACCCAAACCAACAUGAAAGUGAACUCGCCAUGUUAGCAUGGCUUCAGUUUAUGUUGCUGCUACUCCUGCUGCUACUUCGCCAUCAUGGGCAAUCUUAUAUUUUCUGGAGCUGGAGUUUUGACUGCCUUAACAGUUACCUCAAGAUGCCAGACAUAUCCAAAAGUCCUCAUUCAAUCUAUUAAAUUAUCUAUUUAUGACCUCAAGAAUUACGGUUAUAACCUGCAUACAUUUUGAAUGUAAAGACAGGGUUAGCAUGUUUAGCCUUAUCACCAGCGCUUAUCCAAAAUCUGAAAUCGUUAAACUUUGAUCUCUUUCUCUUUAACUGUCUGUCAAAGAUUGACAUUGUGUCCACAGUGUAGUAGUGCCAAAUUUCCUACACCAGCAAUUCUCAAAUAGGGGUCAAUGCUAUAGCCAAGAGCUAGCAUCCUGCCCUUAUUAAAGUUAUUAUAUUUAUUACAGAGUUGUUAUAGUUCUUAGCCAGUUUGACUGGUCCUUCAAAUUAAAUGGGUUUAAGCCAAACCUUAUAAACAAGUCAGCCAAAAAAUAAUGUCUGCUGGAAUUGAUUGUGAUCUGUUGGGUGAAAGUUUAGGAAAGGAUAGCUGCUUGGAGCAAAGUGCCAUCUACCCUCUUCCGCAUACAUGAGCUGACUAUGAGCAUGGUUAGUCACCAUUGCUCUGAUUGAUUUCCGGGGGGGAAUAACACCGUCCCAUCUACCGGGGUUUGCGUCGUCGGGAUUCAAACAGGUGAUCUUUUUAAUGAUCUUAGAUCAAAGCCUUAGCAUGUUAGUGACUAUACCAUUUCUUGAACUUAAUAUUGAAGCAAUGAUCAUUUUUGGCCAUUGGAUGCUCAAUCCAUACUUGCACAGAGGUACCGUAUAACUUCGUUUUUAAACUUUGGUAGUUUUGUUUUUAUGAGGUGAUGAACCCACAUCUGGACACUUUUCCAGCUGCUGGUCCAUAUCAGUACCCCAAAUUAGCACGUAUCUAUGUUCAGAUCAGUACAAUUUCAUAUCGGUGUUCGAAAACAUUUGACUUGUAAGCACUGAAACUGGCAUUCGGCUUCCUGUUUCCUCGCCCUGCAUUUAAAAUCCAGAUUCCUAAAGCACUGUACUGUAUUUCCGCCAAUGGAACCUGCAUUAUGGCUCUAAAUUGAGAACUUCAGGAAAUACGUAGAUGAAAGCGGCACAGAUUCAUUAGGCAUAGCAAACCAAGGAAGUCGUUCGAGGUGAAUGUCAUUGUAAAUACUUCAUAGAGGCUUAUCAAGACAAUGAUUGUUUUUCGUAGCGCUUCUAUUAGUCUGGGAAAAAAAAAGUCAGUUUUCCUUCAUUUAUAUUUCUUAAAAAAAGAGAGAAAAGAACAGAAAAAAAAUCAGUUUAUGUAUCAGUAAUCAGUAUUUGUAUUAAUGACCUCAGAUACUGCACUUUUGAGUAGCCAUUAAAGGGAAAGACUCCAAACUUUUAGAAAAUAAAAACGCUGCUAUUGUAAAACGUUGAAUUUAAAACAAACAAACAAAUAAUGGUAUCAAAUAUGGUAUUGUGAUAUUCCUCUCUUUGUGGUUAUUGUGUCUCACCUGAUUUUAGCUGUUGAACGGGACAAAACUCAUUGUAUAUUAGAUUCAUGUGCCUCGUCUGGAACUGCGAAACUGGCUUUAAUAUCCAUACGUAUUGUUCAACGAAGGAUUUGCAUCGUAAAACAUUGUAUCGUAUUUGUUGUAAAUGCUUAUUUUUUCUUUUUUUUUUUUUGAAAAGUGUUUGAUGCUAUGACAAAGACUUGUGGAAUAUUGAAGGAUUUUUUUUGUAAUGAAGGAUCUACAAAGAAAAAAAGCACCAAAAAAAAGAAAAAAAAAAUGGAAAUAUCUCACUGAAGAAAAGCCAGUUUAUUGAAAAUAUAUUAUAUUAUAUUAUACCAAGAGCGGACAAGAAAUAUUCUAGAGAUUUUGGUUUGUUCUAUAGUCCUGAAAGAGGAUUUAUUAUGUUAUUAUUACAGUGAUAUGUUAUUGUACUCUGUAUGGACCAUUUUUAUUGCUUCAAAAGCGUGACUCAUCAGCAAUCAUUACACAACGCCAAUUUUCCACGAACAGGACUUCAGGUUGACAGCUGGGAGAGCCAAAGCUUCGUCCUUCCACGUGUUCUCGUCUACCGCUUAGGAGGUGCCAUCGACCGGUUUCCUGCCUCCUCAAGGGUGUUUUUCCACAACAAGACCAAAAUCCAAACUGUGUUGUCGCUUUACGCUUUGCUUCUCCCCACCCCCUCAAAAAAGAAAAAAAAAAAGGACGCAGUCUCUAAAGCCAUAUAUGUUGAUGUUUCCGACGGGAUGCUCGACUCUGCUGUACACACCACGGGAUCUCUGUCUGUACCUCAUGCCUGUAGUGUUUGCUGCUUCUAUGUGGUUUUUUUUGUUUGUUUGUUUGUUUGUUUUAUUUGGUACCUUCGUGAUUUGUGUCUCUCGGCGAUAUGUUACGGUGUACAUAGUAGAACUAUUUAUUGAGAGUGUUAUACUUUUUUUUAAGUUAUAUUUUUAAUGUUCAUGUAAGUUAUUUUUACAUUUGUCUUAUAAACGUAAAAGAUGAAAAAAGGACAUGUUCGUUUGGAGGGCUCUGAUUUCUCUCGUAUGUUGUUUUAUUUUCUGAAGCUCACAAUGCAAAGAGAAAGGAACAAAAACAAAAAAUUUGCAAAGUCUUUCUUACGUUCACUGUCGCGAAUUUAUUUGGUUCGUACGCGUGUAUGAAAUAAGUGAGUAAAAAUUAAUUCGCAACAGCGUCAAGGCGAUCCUUACAAGCCUCCUUAGCAGUUCAUAGUUAGCAGAUAGUACAGUUGCCAAUUUAUUAGGUACAAGCUCUCACGAAUAGAUUCAGAUUUCUCUCUAUAUACACACACAGUAUAUUAAUAAAACCUCUAGGACAUUCUGA